AAUAGUGUGUCUCAUUGCUUUCUCUCUAUUCCGUUCAUAGCGUUCCGCGGAACAGAGAAAAAGAAAGUACCAAUUUCUUUAGAUAGUCAUGGCUUCCACCUUCGACGCCUUCACCGUCGACGACGACCACUUCGCCGCCCCCGCCGCCGCCGACACCUUCUCUGGCUACCCCGACUUCUCCUCCUUCCCCUCCGACGACGUCCCCGUCGAUUACGCCGACACCGCGGCGUCGCCGGAGAUCUUCGGAUUCAGCGAUCCCGGUCCAGUUUACUCCCAGUCUCCCUUCGAGCAAGUGCACGAGAAUGGGAAUGGAAAUGGAACCGAAAACGGCUACGGCGACGGCGUUUUCGUCUCCAACGGACCGGUGCUUCCGCCGCCGGGAGAAAUGGAGCCUGAGGAAGGUUACGUUCUUCGGGAGUGGCGCCGUCAAAAUGUCAUCCAGCUUGAGGAGAAGGAGAAAAGGGAAAAAGAAAUGAGACUGAAAAUUAUCGAGGAAGCCGAGGAGUAUAAGGUGGCUUUCUAUGAGAAAAGAAAGCUUAAUGUUGAGACCAACAAGGUUCAAAACAAAGAAAGGGAAAAGUUAUACUUGGCCAAUCAAGAGAAAUUCCACAAAGAGGCUGACAAAAAUUACUGGAAAGCCAUUGGGGAGAUCAUUCCUCGUGAAGUUCCCAACAUUGAGAAGAAAAGAAGCAAAAAGGAUCAGGAGAAUAAGCCGUCAAUCACAGUUGUCCAAGGCCCAAAGCCUGGGAAACCCACAGAUCUUUCUAGGUUGAGGCAGAUAUUGUUGAAGCUGAAACACACACCACCAGCUCACAUGAUUCCCCCUCCUCCAGCACCUGCUAAAGACGCCAAAGAUGGGAAAGACGGAAAAGAAACAGCUUCUAAAGCAAAUGGAGCUGCACCUGCAUCACAACCAAAGGAUGCCACCACCAAUAACGCUGCCACAGAUUUACCCCAGAAGGAAGCUCCACCAGCCCCUGUGGAGCAAUCUUCUACAUAAUUCUGAUUUUCAUACUUCAGCUCUCACAGUCAUUCUUCUGCUAUCCCAUUUUCCCUUGCAGUUCUUUAUGGAUCCUUUUGUCGUGCUAUUAGUUUCUAUGGCUUUUUUGGUUUGCAUUUUGUUUUCAUCAUUGAGGUUUUGUAUCAAUUAUAUCCUUUAUUGACUAUUAUAUGACCUUGGAAAUUCAUAUGUUCAUGGGUUUAAUACAUCAUUUGAAAAUAAGAGUAUUUUUUUUUCACUUCUA